UUCAUGAACUGAAAACCACAAUCUGAAUAAUACAACACUAUAAUCUAUAGCUACACUAGCUAGAAGAAGCAUGAAAAAUGAUUUUGAUUUGGAAGAAAUUCCAGCAGAGCCUGUGAGUCCAACUGGGCAAUACUUGAACAGCACUUCAUUGUGUGUUUACAUUCUUGGUGUCUUGGACAAGGGACAAAAAUGGAGAGAAAAAAUGGAUGAAGGUUGAAGUGAAGCUAGAGGAUCACAUAAAGGUACCAAAUUUUCCCAAUGAAAAAUCAUCAUCAUCAUUAUUAUUAUAUGAUGAAGAUGUUGAUGAAUAUAUGUCCAAAAUAGCAAUGGAAUAUUUACCACAGAAUAGGCCACUUUGGGAAAUUCACAUAAUAAAAUACCCAACAAGAAAUGCAGCUGGCACAUUGGUGUUCAAACUUCACCAUGCACUUGGUGAUGGUUACUCUCUAAUGGGUGCUCUUCUUUCAUGCUUGCAAAGACUUGAUAACCCUAAUCUUCCAUUCACACUCCCUUCAAGUAAUAAAAAAUUAUUACCCAAAUCUUCAACAAUUUUCAAAAAUAAUAUUUUCUCCUCUGCAUUCCACUCUGUGUCUGAUUUUGGAUGGAGCAUAUUAAAAAGUAGCUUGGUUGAAGAUGAUCACACACCAAUUAGGUCUUGUGGUGAAGACAACAAGCUUAGGCAAGUUACCAUCUCAAGUGUCACUUUUUCAUUUGACCACAUCAAAGAAGUCAAAUCUCUACUUGGAGUGAGCAUAAACGACGUGCUAGCUGGCUUAAUUUUCUUCGGCAUUCGACUGUACAUGCAAGACAUUGAUCUGAAAUCAAGAAAUUCUCAGUCCACAGCACUUGUUUUGUUCAAUACAAGAAACAUAAGAGGAUACAAAUCUGUUAAGGAAAUGGUUGAAAAGAGUAACAACAAUGGUGCUUCGUGGGGGAACAGAUUUGCAUUCUUGCAUGUUCCAAUUCCAGAAUUAAGUGAUUCCAAAUAUGCAAACCCACUUGAGUUCAUAUGGGAGGCUCAGAAAGAGAUUACUAGAAAGAAAAGUUCUUGGGCUACUCCUCUUACUGCCAUGUUCUUAAAUAUGGUCAAGAGACUCAGGGGCUCUGAGGCUGCGGCUAGAUACGUGCAUAGCACACUGAGGAACUCAAGCACCACUGUUUCAAGCAUCAUUGGGCCAGUGGAACAAAUGGCUUUGGCUAAUCAUCCAAUCAAAGGUUUAUAUUUUAUGGUAGUUGGUCCACCAGAGAGUCUCACCAUAACUAUCAUGAGCUACAUUGGAAAGCUAAGAAUUGCAUUUGGAUUGGAAAAGGGGUUUAUGGACAAGGAAAAAUUCAAAUUGUGUAUGGAAAAAUCUCUUGAGAUGAUAAUUUCAGCAGCAAGAAAUAUUUCUACGUAAAAUCGGAGAAAGACAUGCAUGAUGAAGCUUCGAUCCACAAUAUUUCUAUAUUGAUAUGCAAUUUAUAUAGUUUUUUUCAAUUAAAAUUGGUUCAAAUUUGUUUGUAAUUCUUGAUUUGUAGUUGAAAUGAAUAUCUAUUAGAGAAGAAUAAGUAAAAUAUUACAUUAUAUGCAACAAAGAAUGUGGCUCCUCAAGUCAAACCAAUUUCUCUUAUUGAAAGAUCUUCCAUGCAGUAA